GAGCCACGCAGUUAAGAGCUCUUAACCUCACCCUCCCUCCACUCACUCUCACCCCGUGACUGGCCCACGAUGGACACCUUCUCGCUCGCCAUCAUCGCGAUUCUUCUGAGCUCCUCCGCGCACCCCGUUGUCUCCGAUUGCUCUGAGUACCCACCGGAUAGUACGGCGGCGAGUGCGGUGACUAAAAGCACGGCGUUGCUCAACGCGCCCCUGAAAAUUCGUCCCGGCUGCUCCGUGACCCAGGUGCAAUGGCUCAAGGGCCAAACGAUCGUGGCGAUGCUCAAGUCUGGGGUCGUGACCCAGGUCAAUCCGCGCCUGAGCAGCCAACACAUAAUCUUAUCCAGCAGUGGAUUGUCCAUGCUCAUCUCGCCAGUGGAAAUGACGGACGGGGGCAGCUACCACUGCUUGGUCAAGAUGAAUGACCAAGCGCUGAACAAUUUCACGGUGAUGCUAACCGUGAAUGCAGAGGCCACGUGCACGAAUGCGUUAUUCGCACCGCUGGUAGUGAAUGUCAAAGUCGGGGGCUCUGUGACGUUGCCUUGUAACGUCGCCGCGAUGUCAGAAUGCGUUGUCAAGGAGGUGCGGUGGAUGAAGCAGAAUGUUCUGCUGGUCACGAGGACCAAGGGCGCCUCCUCUUCGGCGGAGGCUGUGACGAGCGGGAGGCUGUGGGUGACGAGCUCAGCGGGUGACUCGGUGCAGUCCAUCGCUGUGAACCAGGCGGAAAAGGGCGACUCUGACUUCUACAUCUGCGAGGUGAACUUCGAGAACAACCAUCAAGCAAAGCGUCACCUCUACCUGCACGUGGCGGACGACGAAUGCUUCUCUGGCUCCAACGACAUGGCCACUGUGGACGUGGAGAUGACGCAGCCCUUGCUGCUGCAUUGUCGACUCCCACCACCCUCGUGCUCAUUGUUUAACGUCAAAUGGUACCAGCGGGACAAACUCCUCUUGGACAUUACGGCUUUGAUUGUAAGAGAAGUCGUGGACGGCUUCAAAGCCUGGCCUCUGUCGAGCCGCUACUCGACCAUCAUGGUUCGCAACAAGGACACAAAGACGGGGAUCGGCUCGGGAUCCUUCUAUUGGUGCCAGGUGCACACGCGCGCCGGUCUGGACUCCCGUUCCAUGGUCGCUACGGUGUCUCCAGGUCCAGCCUUGGUAACCUCGUGCCUAGCUGACGUCAAAGUCAAUGAUAGCAAGGUGUCGAAGGGCGACUCAGCCACCCUGCAGUGCCAAGCGAGUCUGCCUGAAUCGUGCGUCAUCUCCAGCUUCACGUGGUUCUGGGAGCAGGAGCUGCUGACCAUCACCGAUGAGCAAGGCACGCGGCUCGGUACAGGGCCGCGAGCAGCCAGGGCACAGACGAAGCUCUCAGGCACCAGGUCGGAGCUCAAGUUGAGUGAAGUGACGGCGGAUGAUGGAGGCGUCUACCGCUGCCGCGUCGAUCUGCACAACGGCAGCUACAGCGGCGCGGCCUUCCUCGAAGUGCUGGAGUGGCCCGUGGCCACUCCGACGGUGACCGCCGACCCCGACUUCGCCGUGGCGGUGGAGGGAUCCCGCAUCGUGCUGCGGUGCCGCGAGGUGAACGGCUCCCUCCCCGUGGCGUUCUCGUGGAUGCGGGCGGCUCCCGAGGCCGGGCCGGGCACCGGGGCGGCCCCCGAUGAGGCGCUGCCGGGCGAGGACUCGGACACCUUGGUGCUCACGUGGAGCGAGCAGAGCGGCUACUACCGGUGUCGGGCGAGCAACCUGGUCAGAGGAGUCCGCAACAACGCGACGAGCCUCGCCUUCGAAGUGCGGCUGCUGCCCAUGCCUGGCCAGUCCGGGAAGCUGGUCUGCGCCGUGCUGCCCGCCUACCUCCUCAUCGCCGCCUUCAUCGCGGUCCUCGCUGUGCUGACAAUGAGGAUGCGCAGAGACUCCUCCUCUGGGGUGGGCUUCAUGAAGACUGCGCAGAAUGCCUACAGAGGUGGCGGCGAUGGAGGAGGAAGAGGAGCAAAAGAGGCAUCUCAGCCAGACGCCGGCCGCCACCGAGGCAAAAGCGCAGCAGCUAAAGCAGCUCAAGCAGCUAAAGAGGAUUCCGACGAUUACUACACGAGCCUCAUGCCCACCGGCCAGAAGGCCUCCGCGGCCCGAGACACCACACCGCUGCCCAACCCGCCCAGUGGUCAGGCCCUCACCACCGUGUAAACCACAAGUGGCCUGGGUGAAUUUUUUUUAUCAGAGCUGACUGGGUGGCCCCAGAGGUGAUGAGGACGCUGAGUGGGAAGCGCCGAGAAUCUGGUGUUCAAUUCUGGGUUUCAAGCUGCAAGGCCACCAGCGAUUACACCGGGGUCUCAAAGUGUAGCCCGGUCACCAAUGACUCGCGUAGUAAUCCAUAGGCUCAGAUAGAAUCCCAUUGACUCGCAUAGAGACUCCAUAGGCGUACGUAGAAACCCACAGACUCAAGUUAACUGAGUCGCGAUUAAACCGGGAUCUCGAGUGCAGCGAGUUUAUGGUCUAAGUCUGGUCAGCAAUGACUCAGAUAAUCGUAGACUCUCAGCUGUUACCAAGGCUAUGAACACAGCUGAUACCAUGACCAUAAUCGCAACUGUUAUCAGUGCUAUAAUUAGUCACAGCUGUUAUCAAGGAUAAAAUCACAGCUGUUAUCAAUGGCUAUAAUCGCAGCUGCUAUCAAGGCUAAAAUCACAGCUGUUAUCCAGGCUAUAAUCACAGCUGUUAUCAUGGCUAUAAUCACAGCUGUUAUCAUGGCUAUAAUCACAGCUGUUAUCUUGGCUAUAAUCACAGCUGUUAUCAUGGCUAUAAUCACAGCUGUUACCCGGCUAUAAUCACAGCUGUUAUCCCGGAUUUAAUCACAGCUGUUAUCCUGGCUAUAAUCACAGCUGUUAUCAAGGCUAUAAUCACAGCUGUUAUCUCGGCUAUAAUCACAGCUGUUAUCAUGGUAUAAUCACAGCUGUUAUCCCGGCUAUAAUCACAGCUGUUAUCAAGGCUAUAAUCACAGCUGUUAUCAUGGCUAUAAUCACAGCUGUUAUCCCGGCUAUAAUCACAGCUGUUUUCUUGGCUAUAAUCACAGCUGUUAUCAAAGCUAUAAUCACAGCUGUUAUCAUGGCUAUAAUCACAGCUGUUAUCAAGGCUAUAAUCAGAGCUGUUAUCAUGGCUAUAAUCACAGCUGUUAUCAUGGCUAUAAUCACAGCUGUUAUGAUGGCUAUAAUCCCAACUGUUAUCCUGGCUAAAAUCACUGCUGUUAUCAUGGCUAUAAUCACAGCUGUUAUCCUGGCUAUAAUCACAGCUGUUAUCAAAGCUAUAAUCAAAGCUGUUAUCAAGGCUAUAAUCACAGCUGUUAUCUCGGCUACAAUCACAGCUGUUAUCCCGGCUAUAAUCACAGCUGUAAACUUGGCUAGAAUCACAGCUGUUAACUUGGCUAAAAUCACAGCUGUUAUCCCGGCUACAAUGACAGCUGUAAUCCCGGCUAUAAUCUCAGCUGUUAUCCUGGCUAUAAUCACAGCUGAUAUCAAAGCUAUAAUCAAAGCUGUUAUCAAGGCUAUAAUCACAGCUGUUAUCCUGGCUAUAAUCACAGCUGUUAUCCUGGCUAUAAUCACAGCUGUUAUCCCGGCUACAAUCACCGCUGUUAUCCCGGCUAUAAUCACAGCUGUUAACUUGGCUAGAAUCACAACUGUUAUCAAAGCUAUAAUCACAGCUGUUAUCAAGGCUAUAUAUUCACAGCUGUUAUCCCGGCUACAAUUACAGCUGUUAUCCCGGCUAUAAUCACAGCUGUUAACUUGGCUAGAAUCACAGCUGUUAACUUGGCUAGAAUCACAGCUGUUAUCCCGCCUACAAUGACAGCGGUAAUCCCGGCUAUAAUCACAGCUGUUAUCCUGGCUAUAAUCACAGCUGUUAUCAAAGCUAUAAUCAAAGCUGUUAUCAAGGCUAUAAUCACAGCUGUUAUCCUGGCUAUAAUCACAGCUGCUAUCAAAGCUAUAAUCAAAGCUGUUAUCAAGGCUAUAAUCACAGCUGUUAUCCUGGCUAUAAUCACAGCUGUUAUCCUGGCUGUAAUCACAGCUGUUAUCCCGGCUACAAUCACCGCUGUUAUCCCGGCUAUAACCACAGCUGUUAACUUGGCUAGAAUCACAGCUGUUAUCAAAGCUAUAAUCAAAGCUGUUAUCAAGGCUAUAUAUUCACAGCUGUUAUCCCGGCUACAAUCAAAGCUGCUAUCCCGGCUAUAAUCACAGCUGUUAACUUGGCGAGAAUCACAGCUGUUAACUUGGCUAGAAUCACAGCUGUUAUCCCGGCUACAAUCACAGCUGUUAUCCCGGCUAUACAUUUCGAAUCUUCAUUUAUAAGAUCAGUUUGCAAUCCGGCCUCCUGUCCAUCACUUUGUGACGAACAUGUUACUUCCUUGGUCCUUAGAGGAAUCAUUAGUUCGUUUCAUGUUGGUCGAUGCAAAUCAGCAAGCGUGGACUAUCCACUGCUGGGCGCCACGGUGGCGAGAUGUUAACUACCUCGCCGAGUAUACAGGAAGUUGUGGGCUCGAUCCAGACCCUGACGCCUACUGUAUAUUUGGAGUUGGCGUGACCUCCGGUUUUCCCCUCCACAUGUAUAAUCAACUUGCACUUAGAGUAUUUGACUGCUAUACAUAAUAAGCCACUUCGUUGAGCUAUAAUUUGUGGCCAGUUCGCUUAUGAAAAAGAGAUAAUCGCGCAGUGGGUCUUACUUGGUAAAACAAAAAAAAACGUUUCGUUUUAAAUUUUGAUUUAAAGCUUU